CAUUGAGCUAUCAACACAGCAACUAGCAGAAGAAAACAGACCACUGACUCUGUUAUUGAUUUCUUUUUUCUCUGACUUGAAGCUCUGUUUGUUCUACUUCAUCUGGAAGGAUUUUUGCUCACCAGCUCAGCAUCAUUCAAUUGUUCAAAAAAGUUUUUGCAAAGAAGGCUGCGAAUAUAAGAGGAAAUGAAGAACUCAGUAUCAGACCACGCCUUUUUCAUUGAGAGUGAUGAUGAGGAUGAAGACAAGGAUUCCAUUAGAGGUGAAGAUGAUGGGAAUGAUUCGGAUUUUUCAAAUUAUUCCGACGAAAACCCUCAACAUCAGCGCAAACCCAGUUCCUUAAACCCAUCGUGGCCCCAAAGUUACAGGCAAUCGAUUGAUCUGUACAGUAGUGUACCGUCGCCAAGCCUUAACUUUCUGGGGACUCCAAAUUUGUCGCGAUUAGGCAGUUCGUUUCUUUCUUCAUCACUGACAAGAAGACACACUCCUGAGAUACUCCCGAGUUUGAGCAAACCUUUCUUGCCAUCAGCAACAGACAAUCAGCAGCCACAAGAAAGACGUAGUUCUCAUUCCCUUCCUCCUCCACGGGGAUCUUCUGCCAAGAAGUUGCCACACUAUCAGAAAUCUUCCAAGGUUUCACAUGAAAUUCCUCUUUCUAGGCAGAGCUCAUACGGCCAAUCAGUGCUUAAUGGCAUAAAUGUUCUUUGUGGAGUAGGACUUCUUUCAACUCCUUAUGCAGUGAAAGAAGGAGGAUGGGUUGGAUUGUCCCUUUUGUUCGUCUUUGGUGUCCUUUCUUUCUACACUGGUAUCCUUCUUCGAUACUGCUUGGAUAGUCAGCCUGGUCUCGAGACUUAUCCAGAUAUUGGCCAGGCUGCCUUUGGCACCGUGGGUCGUCUAAUCAUUUCUAUAGUUUUGUAUGUGGAGUUGUAUGCAUGUUGCGUUGAAUAUAUAAUCUUGGAGAGUGAUAACCUAUCUUCUCUGUUUCCAAAUGCACAUUUAAAUCUGGGAGGAUUAGUACUCGAUUCACAUUAUUUAUUUGCAAUUAUGAUCACUCUUGCUGUGCUUCCUACAGUUUGGCUCCGCAAUAUGAGUGUUCUCAGUUACAUCUCUGCCGGUGGAGUUAUUGCAUCAGUUCUGGUGGCCGUUUGCUUGUUUUGGGUUGGCUUGGUGGAUGACAUUGGUUUUCAAAUUGAAACCACGAAGACAUUAAAUCUCUCCAGUUUUCCUGUGGCUAUCGGGCUUUAUGGCUAUUGUUACUCAGGACAUGCCGUUUUCCCUAAUAUCUAUACAUCAAUGGCCAAAAGGAGUCAAUUUCCUAUGGUCCUUUUAGCCAGUUUCGGAAGUUGUGCUGUUCUUUAUGCUGUAGUCGCUGUAAUGGGAUACAUGAUGUUCGGGGAAUCAACAGAAUCACAAUUCACUCUUAAUCUGCCAACGAAUUUGGUUGCCUCUAAUAUUGCUGUGUGGACUACGGUAGUCAAUCCAUUUACCAAGUAUGCUUUGACCAUAUCUCCAGUAGCCAUGAGUCUUGAGGAGUUGAUACCAUCAGAUCGUAUGAAAUCUCAUAUCUACUCCAUCCUCAUUAGAACGUCGUUGGUGCUCUCUACUUUGGUUGUAGCCCUUUCCAUCCCCUUCUUCGGUCUUGUUAUGUCGCUGAUCGGAUCUUUACUCACCAUGCUAGUGACGUUGAUACUUCCUUGCGCUUGCUUUUUGAGCAUCCUAAGAGAAAAGACAACUCGUUUUCAGAGAUCACUGUGUGCCGUGAUCAUUACGGUUGGGCUUGUGUCUUCGAUUAUUGGAACAUAUACAGCAUUAUCCGAAAUUGCUCAACAGUUGUUCUGAUCAUGUUUGGUACUCAAAUAGUUGAUUGUUGUUGGUGAUGAAUAUAGAAAUAGAUUAUACACCGUUUUUGCUUCUCAUGGGGGUAUUAUUAUUGUUAUUAUUAAUUAUUAUUGGUGUAUGUUGGGAUGUUCAGUAUGGAAUUUUGUCUCCCUUCUUUGUGCAAUUAGCAUGAAGUUGGUGUUGUUCCCUUUAGUUUGUACUCCAUUAUUCCCAAUUUCAUGUCUUUUAAGACAUUAAUAUUGUUUA